GGUUGUGCUGUAAUUCACUUUUUGGGGCUAUUUCCCUUUCCCCUUAUGUCUUGCUUGCACCUUUGCUUACUUGUGCAAUUAUUGUGGUAAGGGAUAAUAAACGUCUUCUCUAUCCUUUUUUUGAAACUUAGUGCUAAUGUUCUCAUGUGCCCACAAACUAGGCAGGGAAGAGAACGGGGGAAAUUUAAAGGUUAUGCAAAAGGCUGAGAGUGGUCCAUUCCAGCUCACUGUGUGGCAAUGACCGAGCAAGUAGCAGAGGAGGUUAUCAAUCUCUCCGCUUGCGAGGGACCUUCCAAUAGUGUUGCAGCCUGGCGAGAUCCUCGAGUUGCUCCAAUCAUCACUAUCUCUGACGACUCAGAUUCUGAUUCGACUGAUGAUCAAGUAGUUCUGCUCAGUAAGGAGCAACAUCACAAGGCCCGACCUGCUCUUAUUGAGUCCCCAGCAAGGCAGCCGCGGCCUUCCAUCAUCAUCCGUCCGGCGUCCGAGUGGCUAAGUGUAGACCUGCUGAGGGACGAUGGUGAAGUUACUAGAGAUUUUCAUUUGCAGGAGGGGAAGGUCUCGGCUCGAAGUAAACUUUUAGAAACUGUGGAGGUGAAAGAAGAGCCUGAGCCGGACCCUCCUCAGCCGGCUCCUGCAGAGGAGGGGGCUGCCUGGGCUGAUGAACAUCAAGUGCAGGGAUGGAACGCAGAGCAGCGCGAGGUGGGGGCUGCAGCUGCAGAUCAGCUGAUGCAGCCUCUUGAGGCCCAAGUGAUUGAACUUGAGCUGCCGGACGUUGCCCAUUCUGCAGGAGGACUGGAACAGGACGAAGCUCCUGCGAAUUUGGUGAGGAGGCCAGAACCAGUUUUACUGCAAGAUAUUUUACCAGAAGCUGCAGACGAAAGGAUUCCACCAGCAAAUGUUGAUCCUCCCGGGCAGGCACCGCUUGGAGAAGACUUGUUAGACCAGUCUGUAAUAGACGUGGAACAUCUGGAAGGAGCUGUUGGUGUAGAUAAAGAACUUGUAAAGAAACUUGUGAACGAAACGAUAAACCUCUUCCCUGAUAUUCUGGGAGAGUUUGUCGAAGAGCUGAUUGUGGCAAAUAACUUCUGGGAAUUAAAUGUCCUGUGUAACCAUCUCCUUGAAUACCCCGAUUAUCCGAAGCAAGGUGUCAUUCUCACACGCAAUAGCAGCUUGCUUGAAAGCAAUGUAGAGGAACCCAAGGUGGAUUUUUUCGAUUUUUCAAAGCUGGUUCCAGUGAAUCAUCAAUGCUAUCUUCAGGCUUCUGACCUCCUGAUGGCAGAUUUUAAAAUGUUGAACAGCCAAGACAUCAAAUGGGCUUUACACGAGCUCAAGGGACACUAUGCAAUCACCCGCAAGGCCUUAUCAGAUGCCAUUAAGCAAUGGCAGGAGAACUCACCACAGUCCAAUCAGAAAAAAAGCAAACAGAAAGAAAUGAACUCCCUUAAUUCAAUCAGUUUCAGAUUUGAACAAGGUGCCUUUAAAAUAGAGAGACAAAUGCGUUUUUUAGAACAUAAAAGACGACACUGGCGAUCGUAUGAUCAGGAUCACAUUCACCCACUCGUGCGGGAGGAACUUGAGGUCUUCCAUCAGAAGAUGAAAGAGAUGGAAGAGUAUGCGGAUUUUCAGCUUGCUAUGCAAAUGAAUGAAGAACAAUAUCAAAAGGAUGGGCAGCUGAUAGAGUGUGGCUGCUGUUAUGGAGAAUUUGCCUUUGAGGAGUUGACUCAAUGCAGCGACGGUCACCUCUUCUGUAAAGAAUGCCUCGUGAGAUACGCUCAGGAGGCAGUCUUUGGAGCUGGCAAGUCCCAGCUGAGCUGCAUGGAAAGUGGCUGUACCUGCACAUUCCUCAACAGUGAACUGGAGAAGGUGCUGCCCGAGAACAUACUAUGCAAAUACUACGAGCGACAAGCCGAGGAAGCCAUUGCCACCGCCUGUCUUGAUGAGCUUGUGAGGUGCCCGUUCUGUAACUUCCCGGCACUGUUGGAUGUAGACGUGAAUAUGUUCAGCUGCCCCAACCCUCGCUGUCGAAAGGAAAGCUGCAGGAAAUGCCAGGUGCUGUGGAAGGACCAUAUUGGGUUGUCAUGCGAGCAGGUGGUUGAAAAGGAUGAAAUCAAAUUCAGGACCUCAUUCGAGGAGAAGAUGACAGCGGCAGCGAUCAGGAAGUGCCAUAAAUGUGCCACAGGCCUAAUCAAAUCAGAAGGCUGCAAUCGGAUGUCAUGCCGCUGUGGAUCACAGAUGUGCUACCUCUGCCGGGCCGCCAUAAAUGGGUAUGAUCACUUCUGCCAACACCCUCGCUCACCGGGGGCACCUUGCCGUUUGUGCAAGAACUGCUCCUUGUGGACAGAUCCUAAGGAAGAUGAUGAGAGACUGAUAAAGGAAAUUCAAAAUCAAGCUGAAAGUGAACAAAAGAAAAGAAUUGGAGAGCAAGCUGUAAAAAGGAUUGGGCCUCCACCUGAAGAUCCUCCAGCCAAGACUUCUAGGCUGGGAGAGGGUGUCCAAGCGAUGCCUCCUGGAGUCAUUUUCAACCGAAAUGAUCUUCCUCGUCCGGCACCUGUGAUUCCCGAUUUCCCUCCAGUUCCCCCUCAUUUCCAGGUGGCUUUCCCCCCUCCACCCUAUUUCCAUUUCAACUUUGAUCCUUUGCGACACAUCAAUAUUGAGCACGAGUACCCCAUGCACUUUGGUCCACAGCCCUACCAUCAUCACGAUCACCACCGCGGCCAUCAUCACCACCGCGACCAUCACCACCACCGUGAUCGCGACCAUCACCACAAUCACCACGAUCAGGACCGCGACCAUCAUCACCAUCACCAUCAUCCUCCUCCUCCUCCUCCUUAUAGGCCUCAUGGACAUCCAAACGGCCCACCAAUUUACCAACGGCGCUAGGAAUGAUUUAUGUUCAACAAUAACCUUGUACCUAGGCCAGAGCAGCAUAACAUUUAAUGACCAGCAACUGAGCUGUUGACUUUGUUUGAAGCCAAAGAGAUCUUUGGUGUUUGUUUGAUGAACGUUUAAAUAAAAGAUGCAGAUUUACUGUAAAUAAUGUUUAAAUAAAACCUUACUUUUUUUUCCACUUGCAAA